AUGUCUGUUUGGUGUCAUCAGCUGUGCUAUGGCUCCUUGGAGUACUUUCUGUUGGUCAGUGGCUUGUGCCUGGGCCUGUGUAGUUCUGAUAAAGGAUUCUUGGUGUACCUCAGAACAUGUUCUGUGCAGCCAAGAAGUGUAUUGCUGGUAGAGGGCUUGCCAGGUCUUGAGGGAUAUCUGGGGGUUAUCGUAGCUGCGGCUGUUUAUUACGGUUUCAGUGUAUUUUCUAGAUGUGAAAUCUGUGAAGAGGGGGUCUUCUUGGAGUUGGUCCAAGGUCUUCUUGAUUUCAGUGUUGAUUUCGACGAAGUGGUAGUAUUCUUUAUUGUAGAUGAUUUCAUUAAGCCAUCUCUCGAUCUUCCUGACUUCUUUAUUGUAUUUCUUGGCUAGCUGUGUCACCUCUGUUAGAUUUCUGGAGUUAUUAUGUACUCUAAAGUACUCGCUCACGCCCACAAUCGCAGUCUUCAACGUAAUCAACCCCAGUUCCACUUGACUAUAAGGCACCAGCACAAUCCUGGCAUCCUCUGAAUAAGCAGCUUCAUGUAAUUGACAAAUGUACAGUCCAAAUUCGGGCAAGUACAACGCAGCUAGUGCAUUACAGGACUCGUAUUCACACUUGAGAUUAUCCAUUUCUUUAGUA